UCCGGAUUUGUAAGUUGAGUCACAGGAAGCUUGAGGGGCACAGGACGAGAGCAGCAAGUCAUGGAGGCUGAUUUUGAGAAGAAUCUAUCACCAGAGGAAUAUCUUCAGUGUGGAAUCUGCAAUCAGCAGGGGACGAGACCUAAAUUGCUCAGAUGCCUCCACACCUUCUGUGAAGAAUGUUUGCAGACAAAGUGUAAAGAUCAAUGCAUUAAAUGUCCCACAUGUGACCAGCUCACUGAGGGGGAUGUUGGUUCCUUGAAGGAUAACAUACUGGUGGCAAAUAUCCGGAGCAAACUGGAGAAGCAGCAGGAAAUCCGACAGAGCUUGCAAUUGGUUUGUGGUGUGUGCAAAGCCAGUAGCUUUGCUGACUUCCUGUGUCUGCUGUGUGACAAGUUCUUCUGCUUCAACUGCUUCCAGAACCACGAGAUCCUCCUGAAAAAUCACCGCAACCAAACAGAACCCGUGGAGAAGCUGAAGACGCUGAGUUCCGCGGAUUUCUUGAAGGUUCUGAGAAGGCCCAAGAACCUUUUUUGCAAAAAUCAUGAGGAGGAAGAAGAGCAAAUCAGUGCCUAUUGCAUUACCUGCUCUAUUUGCCUUUGCUUAAACUGUGUGGUGCUGGAGCACAAGGAACACACCUAUCAGAGCAUCAAAAAAGAGGCCAUCUCACGGAGGAGAGAGCUGGUCGAGGCCAAGUCCAGUGUAGUGGAGAUUGGGAAGAAAUUCAUCAAAACCCGAGAGGACCUGAAACUGCUCGUCGACAACCUGCGGACCAGCAAAUAUAAGGUGGAAGAUCUGAUCAAAGCAAAGGUUUCCCUGGCCAUUGAAAAGAUCCAGGAGGAGGAGAGCAAGCAGCUGGGGGAGCUGGAGAAGUUGUACGGGGGCAAAGUGAAGAUGUUAGAGCAGAAUCUGAAGAAAACCGAGAAUGUGCUGGAGAGAGUGACAGCAAGCACCGAACUGGUGGGGAAAAUGUUGAAGUAUGCAACUGAUCACGAAGUUCUAGAGAUGCAGGGAACUGUCACCUCGGCUCUCGGCGGGCUUCUGGGAGAGGAGCCACCGAAGGUGUUUGUGCAAGACUUGUCCAUAGAUUUUGAGGAGUGUUCAUCAGAUUCACAAUUCCUUUUGGGCAAAUUAAUUGUCAAGAAACAGGCAAACACACAAAGUAGACCUAUGCCACUGCAAACUGCACAACAGGGAGCUGAACACAUUGUAAAGGAUAAGAUGGCAAUAUGCCAGAAAAAAUAUGCUAUGUCUCAAGAAGACAUUGAAUAUCUACAAAUGAAAAUAAAAAAUUUUCCAAUCAACUUGGCGGAAGCCUCAGACAGUGAGGUGCAGUCUCCAGUGGCUAAGACAAACAGCGAUUACUCAUUCUCAUUGUGCAGUCCUGAAGAAAUCUGUAAGAAAAGAAAGAAUCAUGAAGACACUGUGUCACCGAGUCUCAGAAAAAAGCACAAGAAGACUCAAAACUCCAACGAACAUCAAAUAAAACUGGAGUCCAGAGAGGUCUCGGAAGGACACUCUGGAGCCUAUUUCCCCAACGACAACCCACACAAUCCAAGUUGCAGCAGUGCCAGUAUCUCUCUAGUUCCUGUGAAUUCUGACAGUCAUUGCAGCAGGAAAGAAACCGAAGAUAUGGAUGACAUUGUUGAAAUAUUAAUAGAUUCUGACGAUUCUAAGUAGGAAGACUUCAGCUCACGGUAAGAUAGUCACAGUUUGCUGUUUGAAGUCUGUCUCAAAGACCAGCUUCUAGUGGUGAAAAUUGUCAAUAUUGUGUUCUUAAUUUAAGAUUUUGUUUGAAAACCAGAUUAAAGCAUCCAAUUAUGAAGAGCAUUUAUCAGCUGGACAAGAGGAUUCCAGUCUCGGUCCUGUCAGUUACAAAAUAAUGCCCAACGUGGGAAUACGUCCAAUCUUAUCCUAUGUCUAAUCUGAAAUGUUAAUGUAUUAAUAGCCUCAGAACUGGAAUAUUGCCAGCCUGGCUCAUCUCUAGGUCAGAAUGUUCAAGCCCCACAUUGGAACAUAAACUCAUAAUCCAGGUUGCCACUAAAGUCCGCAUUAGCGAAUUGAUGCAUUGUUGAUAUCAUCCUUCAGAAGAAACCAAGAGUCGGUCUGCCUUUUCAGGUGAACGUUAGAUACCGUGCAAUAGCAAUCAAUCAUUCAAUUGCUCGUGGGCUUUGUUGGAACCUUGCUGUUCACUAAUUAGCUGCACAAUUUAUAUAAUAAUCCUUGCAUUUGAUACAGCACCAUAAUCAUGUUG